AUGGCUUCCCAGCUCCUGCCUCUGGAGCUUAUCGACAAGUGUGUCGGCUCCAAGAUCUGGGUGAUCAUGAAGGGUGACAAAGAGUUCACCGGAACCCUUCUCGGAUUCGACGACUACGUCAACAUGGUCCUCGAGGAUGUCACCGAAUUUGACUACAACGGAACCCAGACCAAACUGUCCAAGCUGCUGCUCAACGGCAACAACAUCUGCAUGUUGAUUCCCGGCGGAGAAGGCCCCAUGGCGAACGCCAACGCCUAA